AUAAAGUGGGAGAAAUCUCUCCUGUUGCUACUCUGUGCUCCCCUGACUUCUCCAGAGCAUUAUUUCCAUCACAGGUAGCUCAAAGGAUGAAGGUACUUCAGCUGGAUCCAUCUUUGACUUACCGGCCAGAGCCUCAAAAUGAUCAAUACAGGAAUUACAAAGAUGGCCCACUGGUGGACAGAGUGAAAAUGACCUACACUCUUAUGCACACAUACCAAACUGUGGACUUUGUCAAGAAAAAGCAUGCAUGUUGGAGUUCUUGUACGCAUAAAAAGAUGAGUGCUAUGGAGGCUCUAAGUUUGCUGGAUAAUCUGGUGGAUGAAUCUGAUCCUGAUGUUGACUUCCCAAACUCUUUCCAUGCUUACCAAACAGCAGAGGGCAUCCGCAAGGCUCACCCAGACAAAGAUUGGUUCCCUUUGGUUGGCUUGUUGCAUGAUGUUGGAAAGAUUCUGGCCCUGGAGAAUGAGCCUCAGUGGGCUGUUGUUGGUGACACUUUUCCAGUUGGCUGCAAGUUUCAAAAAUCCAUUGUAUUUAGUGACACAACAUUUAAAAACAAUCCAGAUACAGAGCACCCAGUAUACAGCACAGAAUAUGGGAUCUAUGAGCCUAAUUGUGGACUAGAAAAUGUACUCAUGUCCUGGGGUCAUGAUGAAUAUCUGUACCAAGUGCUUAAGUUUAACCAGUGCACAAUACCAGAUGAGGGCAUGUACAUGAUCAGAUUCCAUUCCUUUUACCCAUGGCAUACAGGAGGUGAUUACAGACACCUUAGCAAUGAGAAAGACCUUGAGAUGCUACCUUGGGUGCGAGAAUUCAACAAGUUUGAUCUCUACACGAAAACUGAAGAUUUGCCUGAUGUGGAGAACCUGCGGCCAUAUUACCAGAGUCUGAUAGACAAGUAUUGCCCAAGGGUGUUAUGCUGGUGAUAAUUUAAGGCUGAGACCACAAGCCCUCACUUGCUGCAUACACAUCCCAUAAUCCCAUACUGUAAAUGUAUCUCUUUGCCAGCAGUUUUUCCACAUAUGAAAAUGAUAUGAAUAAAGUUAAUUGUGUUUGACGCAA